AUGAAUUUGGGUUGGUUUUCCAAGUUUAAUUUCGAGCAGUUCCGUGCUCCAAAGCCCAUACUGCCUACAAAUGGCCACGCUGCGACCUCUCAGCCCAGCCCCAUCCUAACUACUGUGCUCUCAGCCAGCACGACUGAUCAGCAAAUGCCGAGGGCCGGCAAUAUCGGCUCACAGUUCAGCGAUAAAGCCAAAAUAUAUGGUUUCGCGUCCGGAAUCAUGAUCGUAUUGUGCGUCGUCACAUUUGCCGCCGCAUACUCUAUACUUGUGCGACCCAUUAACGAUGCCGAGCCAUAUCCCACCGAUAUUAUGGACGGUAUUCCUGAAGAUAUCAAUAUGGUAACCAUGACCAUUCUCCCCUUUCAUGGCGGUAUUGGUUUCGGCGGGCACUACACCACUCAAGACACUGAAUCUAUGACCAGUAUGGUUUUGGCAGCCAACACAGCCAAUGCACACGCUCUUUCCGGAUCCCUCGACCAAGACGCCAUUACCGCUACCGGAACUUUGACUCUUGGGACCCAGAUCUUUGUUCUGGUCGACUCCACGAUCGCUGCCCAGGCCCUAACUGGCACCGAUCUGUACGCUCCAUUGUUGACGGACACCUCUUAUGCUCCUACCCCCGCCGGGACACCGCAGCACAAGCCUAACAACAAUUUCUGUGUCAAUGGCAACGAUGCAACUGGGAUCGGUCCAUGCACUACGUUUUCUACUACACCUACUAUCAAGGUUCCCGAUGUUGUUUUGCCGGCCUGA